AUGGACAUUAUUGGUAUGAUAUUAUGCACAAAACAGUGGAGGAAAGCUGCUUUAACAAAUUCCAUGCAUUUCAAAUGGACACUACCUUGUUUUAAUGAAAACCUGCUCUCAAUAGCACCAACAACAAAAACAACGACAAGUCCUAGAGGCAUUUCUUUAGUUAAUUAUUACCAACCGAGUGGUAAAGAACCUUUCAGACAACGCUGCCUGUUUUGCAUUUCUGUACCCAUUAUAAUUCUUAAGAGCCUAAGAAUAAGCCUGAAUUUCAACUCAACUCAGUGA